CAGUGACUCAUCCCGCCUCGUGAGUCACCGUCAAUGCUCCCAGGAAUAGAAAAUGCCCGAACAUUGAGUUCACCUUAUCUCCAUCAACAGCAGAGACAAGCGUCAUCAAACUUUCAAUGUUUGUGGGCGAGACCAUGGACAUAAUAAAGGAUGGACCACAGACUGGAAAAUGGCCGCCCAUUCAUUCCUAUACAAACUGCUCAGUGGCGCAGGGUAACCAUGACCUCAACUCGAGGGGCGCCCCGCCCAAUCAGCAACCCGCAUCAGCGAGGAAAACCUUCCACGUGUGUCAGCCAUUAUCUCUGCAUUCGAUGAUAAGAUGUCUUUUGCAAAUUUAAGACUGACGCCGUCGCAUCAGUUGGUCCUGCGGGCCUCUGAUGCGGCGGCGGCCUUCACCGCCGCCAGGGCCAAGAAGCCGGAGGAGGUGGAGCAGGAGGCCCGAGCCCGCGUCGUCUCCGAGGGCGGUGACCCCGGGAACCCCAUGCUGGUGCUGGGCUGCCACAGCAUCCAGCUGGGGAAGUACCGGGGUCAGACCUUCAGAUGGCUCCUGGAGAACGACGCGGGCUACGCCUGCCACGUGGUCGCCAGUCACCAGCGGGAGCGGGAGACGAGUGCCUCGGACAGCCCGCUGAUGGCCAACAAGGACAGCCUCGCCCGCUACUCCUGCGCCCACCCCGCUUUCGCACAGCACCUGAAGUUCCGCCGGGCGCAGGAGGAGGCCCGGGCUCGCGCCACUCUGCCCGGGCGGGGGGGCGAGGCGCUUGUUGGCAUCGGGCUGUUCAAGGAGGACACCCUGAGGGACCUGUACGACUCCAAGGAGAAGGAGCGUCAGACCUACGUCAAGUGGCUACGGCGGAAGACCCCGCAGCCUGGGAGCUCCAUGGACGUCGCCAUAAAGUACAUUCUGGGCCGAGACAAGGAGCGGUCGGCGGAGGCGGCUGCUACACCCCCUCCGCCCGCCAGCAGCAGCACCAGCAGCGGCCCCAGCACCACCACCAGCCAGGCCGCUGCUUCCACCGUGCUGCCGCCCCGCAAGCCGACCGCUCCCAAUUUCUCGGCCCUUGUGCGCGGGCGUCCGAUGGGCCCAGGGGAGCUGCAGGCCCGGAUCAGGAGACUGAUGAACCCACCAGCACGGCCUGCAGCUCCAGCGGUGUCUUCCGUCAGAGACCAGCGCCCCUCGGUUCCGCCGCCCCCCACCACAGAGGUGACGGACGAGGAGCUGGUCCGGACGGUCACUGACGGAGAAAUGGCUGGCGUACAGGUCCUUCAGGCCCUCCCGCUCCCGCUGGUGAAGCCUCCGUCUCCACCUCCCCCGGCACCGUCCUCCACACCACCACCAGCACCACCACCACAGGUUGCGGCUGCUCCACCGACGGUCGGGCUUCCAGCUCGGGCUCCGGCGCAGACCAGGGUGGAGCCUCGUGGCGUCUCCGUGGAGGAGACGCCGUGCGGGGAGGCCACCCUGGCGCCGGAGCCCGAGAAGAAGAGGAGGAAGACGACGACGACGGGCGACGUGGAGCAGCCGGCAACGCCCGCUCCUGCUCGGGCUGAGACCCGGUUGCCUGAGGGCUGGCGGACAGCCCUCAGCGGGGAGGAGCAGGAGCUGAACAGUAGGACCCUCUCGCUGGGGUUCACCCGGACGCAGCGAGAGAAGGAGAGGGCUGUGUUGACUCCAGGCGUUGCAGCAGACGGAGGACGACCACCGGCGGCGGCCGCGGCGACAGCGCCGGGCCCGGCCUCAGCGGCGGCGGUGGAUCGUCCGGCGGCAGCAGCGACGCCGGCGGUGCCUCAAGGCCGGGCGACGCCAGCGGCAGCGAGGGGGGCGGCGGCCCCGGCAGCGGCCCCGGCUGUGGCAGCACCGGUGCCCGCUCUGCCGGCGCCCAGACGGCUACUGGCGCCUCGACAGCCCGCCCCCUCGGCUGCUUACCCGGUCUUCCCGCCGACGGCUGCUGCCGCAGCUGCAACUGGACCUUUGAGAGCAGCACAGCCUCUCCUUGUGGACCUCUUACUGCCCCGGCAGUGUGUGUGGGUGCUCCCCGUCCCCGUCCUGACGCUCCCUCGGACAUUGCCGGCUCCACACGUCCUCCCUCCGCCGCUGGCCGCCGCACAGCACGCCGGCCCUGAGCUGCCUGUAGCCCUGCCCGCCGCACAGCACGCCGGCGAGCUCCCUGUACCCCUGAGAACUGUACAAUGGAGGAGGCUGACCGCCGAGCGGCGGGCGGAGGCGGGGAACCGCUCUAGCCGGGCCAACGUGGGCGUGCCACAGGCACAUAAGUGCAGUAAAUGCGGCCAGCCGAGGCGGAGGGAGACCGGACACUCCCGCCACGGCAGAGAAUACUUCUGCUCUGUCGCGGCGGGUCAGAGUGUGGAGGACUGGCUGAGGGAGAAGAAGGAGCGGGACCAGGGUGGAGCCCAGCACUGAUGCACACUCUUGCCGGGGAUGGUGUUGUACAUAGUUCUCUUUUGUAUAUAGUUGUUUUUCUGUUGUGUAUAGUUAUUUUGCAGUGUUAGUGUAUAUAGUUGUUUGCUGUAUAUAGUUUUCAUUUUGCAGGGUUAGUGUGUAUAGUUCUUUGUUUUGUUGGAUAGCUUCUAAGUUAGUGCAUACACACUGCCAUAUUUAUUUAUUUAUUUAUUUAUAUAUAUAUAUAUAAUAUAUACUGUAUUUGAAUGAAUGAAUAAAAAAAUAAGUAUUCUUUCUACGGUA